UCAGUCAAUGAUUAUCGAUAGCAGGUGCAAUGAUCCAAAGUUCAGCUGCCUCGGCGCAAAAGCUCCUCCGCUAAAGAUGAGAGACAGACGAGCAUCAUGCUUCUGAAAAACUCUUUUCUAUCUCAUUUGCUUAAAUAUGGUUCUGUUGUUUGCGGCUCUCCGCGCAGCGGGGGGGCUGCAGCCUCUGCCGCCGCUAUCCUGGGACGGAGCCCCUCUCGGUGCUACUACAACAACGCCGGUAAACCCAGGACCCGCAGUCCGGGCGGGACGACCCACGCUCGGGUGGUGGACCUCCGCAGCGACACAGUGACCAAGCCUGGACCGGCCAUGAGGCAGGCCAUGGCCGAGGCGGAGGUUGGGGAUGACGUCAUGGGGGAGGACCCCACGGUUAACGAUUUACAGCAGAUUGCAGCUGAUUUGUUUGGGAUGGAGGCUGCUUUAUUCGUCCCCUCUGGCACCAUGAGUAACCUCAUUGCAGUGAUGGUCCACUGCAGAGAACGGGGGGAUGAGAUGAUCGUAGGGGAUCUCUCACACUUGCACAUCUACGAACAGGGUGGGAGCGCACAGCUGGCAGGGGUCCACUCCACCACGGUGACCACCCGUCCUGAUGGGACGUUUGACCUCAAACAGCUGGAGGCAAAGAUCCGCCACGGGUACCCUGACCCGCACUACCCACGCUCUCGCCUCAUAUGUGUGGAGAACACUCACAACAUUCAGGGGGGGCGCGUGCUGCCUCUGCCCUUCCUGCAGGAGGUUCGGGCUUUAGCGGACCACUAUGGUCUGUCCGUUCACAUGGAUGGAGCCAGGGUGAUGAACGCUGCUAUUGCCCAGGAGGUGCCUCCAUCCACAAUUCUGCAGCACACACACACCGUCAGCGUCUGCCUCUCUAAGGGUUUAGGUUCCCCGGUUGGUACUGUUCUGGCUGGACCUCGUGACUUCAUAUCCAAAGCCUUGCGGUGCCGUAAAGCUUUAGGUGGAGGAAUGCGACAGGCUGGUAUUCUUGCAGCAGCUGGAAAAUUCUCCUUGGAGAAUAUGGUGGGGAGGUUAGUGGAGGAUCACCGCAACGCAAAAACUUUUGCUUUAGCUCUACUCGACUGUAAGCCUGCUCUGUUUGUUGUGGACACGUCCGCGGUGGAAACGAACAUCCUGCGGUUCUCCCUGCAGGAUUCCACCAUGACCCCACAUGAAUUCUGCACCCGCAUGAGUGAGGUCGGGGAGGACGAGGAGGCGGCCCUGGGGCAGGGAGUGCAAGUUCUCAUGUACCCUCACGUUGGGAACUCUGUCAGAGCCGUGUGGCAUCUCGGGAUAUCCUCCGAGGACACUCAGCUCGCCAUCCAGAAAAUGCGAUUUGUGGCUUCACAGUACUUCAAAGAGUAGAAAAAAAUAUCCAUUCAAUCAGCUAUUACUGUACUGUACUAUAACAUAAGUGAAGGUUGCCUGGCCUCCUUCUAUCAAUCAUUCACUUUAGGAAUGUUUUUAAAUGAUUUACAAUAAAUUUCUACCUGCUGACGGUGAC